AUGGCGUUGCUGUUCUCGUUCCGGAAGUUGGCUUUGAUCACCAUUUUUGCCCUUGCACGCUUUCCCCGAUACCUGCUCGCUGGAGCCCGCAGUCUGGAGUACACAAUGGAUGUCUUCUUUCGGCAGACGUGGACUGAUGAGAGGCUGAAGUUUAGUGGGCCAACUGAAAUUUUGAGAUUGAACAAUUUGAUGGUCAGUAAAAUUUGGACACCAGACACAUUUUUUAGAAAUGGAAAAAAAUCAAUUGCUCAUAAUAUGACAACUCCUAACAAGCUUUUCAGAAUUAUGCAGAAUGGAACUAUUCUUUACACAAUGAGACUAACCAUUAAUGCUGAUUGUCCCAUGCGGUUGGUGAACUUCCCUAUGGAUGGACAUGCUUGUCCAUUGAAGUUCGGAAGCUAUGCUUAUCCAAAAAGUGAAAUAAUUUAUACAUGGAAAAAAGGACCCCUGCAUUCAGUAGAAGUUCCACAAGAGUCUUCCAGUCUGCUCCAGUAUGACCUCAUAGGACAAACUGUAUCUAGUGAAACGAUUAAAUCUAACACAGGUGAAUAUGUAAUCAUGACAGUUUAUUUCCACUUGCAAAGGAAGAUGGGCUACUUCAUGAUACAGAUAUAUACUCCGUGCAUUAUGACAGUCAUUCUUUCUCAGGUGUCCUUCUGGAUUAACAAGGAGUCUGUUCCAGCCAGAACGGUGUUUGGAAUCACUACAGUUCUAACAAUGACCACUUUAAGCAUCAGUGCACGCCAUUCUUUGCCCAAGGUGUCCUACGCUACCGCCAUGGAUUGGUUCAUAGCUGUGUGCUUUGCCUUUGUCUUCUCUGCACUUAUUGAGUUUGCAGCUGUCAACUACUUCACCAAUCUUCAGACUCAGCGAGCGAUGAGGAAGGCAGCCAGGGCAGCAGCACUGGCAGCGGCACUAUCGGCAGCAAAUGUACCGGCAGAGGACGAGAUUGUCUCGCAUUCUGACUCCAAUUGUAACCUGAAGAAGCGAAUAAACUCCAUAACAUCUCAGGCAGAUCAGCCUCCCGAAGCCAGCAUAAUAUCAAACAGUGCAUCCCAGUGUCAACCAGUGCCUGCUCCUCCACCACCACCACCUAUUGGAGGCACAAGUAAAAUAGACCAGUAUUCUAGGAUCCUCUUCCCAGUGGCAUUUGCAGGAUUCAACCUGGUAUACUGGGUCGUUUAUCUUUCAAAAGACACUAUGGAAUUUUUCGAACCUACUGCAAUGCAUCUGCGAAAUGACCAUCAGUCCAACUGAAGAACAGCUCAAGAUUUCGAGGAAAUCACUGAAGG